AUAAAAACUAAAGCUGUGGCCCGACUCUGCUAAUUACGAUGAGGCCUUGGCAAGUACUAAUUCCAACUCUCUGCCUGCUGGCCCUUGGGCAGGCAUGUGAGGACGCGACAACGACGGAGAGCACGACCAAGGAUUGGUGGGAAACGGCGCAGUUCUAUCAGAUCUAUCCGCGCUCCUUCAUGGACUCGGAUGGCGACGGCAUCGGUGAUCUCAAUGGCAUCACGAGCAAGCUGGACUACCUGAAGGAUCUGGGCGUGACAGCUGCCUGGCUGUCGCCCAUUUUCAAGUCUCCCAUGGUGGACUUUGGCUACGACAUCUCCGACUUCUUUGACAUACAGCCAGAGUACGGCACAAUGGAAGACUUUCGUGCCCUAAUUAAGAAAGCCAAAGAGCUGGAUCUGAAAAUCAUCCUGGACUUUGUGCCCAAUCACUCCAGCGAUGAGAACGAGUGGUUCAAGAAGUCCGUGAAGCGGGAGAAGGGCUACGAGGACUACUACGUGUGGCACGACGGGAAAAUUAAUGCGGACACUGGCAAGCGGGAGCCUCCCUCCAACUGGCUGCAGGCAUUCAGAGGCAGUGCCUGGGAGUGGGUGGAGGAGCGCCAGCAGUACUAUCUGCAUCAGUUUGCCGUGCAGCAGGCGGAUCUCAACUAUCGCAAUCCGGAUGUGGUGGAGCAGAUGAAGCGCGUGCUGCGCUACUGGCUGCAUGAGGGCGUCGCUGGCUUCAGGUGCGACGCGGUGCCAGUGCUCUUCGAGGUAGAGGUCGACGAGAAUGGCCAGUAUCCGGACGAGGCAGUGAGUGGGCUGACGGAUGACAAGGAUAAUCGCAACUAUCUGAAGAAUGAGCUAAUCGAGAACAGACCCGAGACAAUCGACAUGGCCUAUCAGUGGCGCACGGUGAUGGACGAUCACCAACGCAUUUACGGCGGAGACACGCGGGUGCUUCUGAUUGAGACCUACGCUCCGCCCGCCUACACGAUGCAGUUCUAUGGCAAUCGAUCCGUGGAGGGUGCCCAUCUGCCCUUCAACUUCAACCUGAUUACGGUGCCGGCGAGUGACGGCGUUUCGGCGAGCUCCAUCAAGAAGGCCGUGGACAAUUGGCUACUGUUAAUGCCCGCCGGACGCACACCCAACUGGGUGAUUGGCAAUCACGAUCAGCGCCGCGCGGCCAGUCGCUAUGGCGCCGGCAACACGGACGCCAUGAACAUGCUGGUCAUGAUUCUGCCUGGUGCGAGUGUCACCUACCAGGGCGAGGAGCUGGGCAUGACAGACGGUUGGAUUAGCUGGGAUGACACCCAAGAUCCGGCUGCAUGCAACUCCGACAAAGACAGCUACGAACAGUUCACUCGGGAUCCUUCGCGUACUCCUUUCCACUGGACGAGCGGCACCAAUGCGGGCUUCUCCACGGGCCCCAAGACGUGGCUGCCCCUUGCCGAGGACUACGAGACCCAAAAUGUGGAGGUCGAAACAGCAGCCACGCGCUCCCAUCUCAAGAUCUACAAAUCGUUGGUCGCCUUGCGUAAGAGCUCGAAGACCCUGCAAAAUGGAUCUACCAAAUAUGCAGUACUUAAUGAGAACGCGUUUGUGGUCAAGCGCUCCCUGUCGGGCUCGCCCAGCAUCGUUUUUGUGGCCAAUUUGGGCAGUAAGGGCAUCACCGUCGAUCUUGACCAGUUUGACCAGACCUUGCCAACGCAUUUGACCCUGAAAAUACGCAGCAUUAGCUCCACCAAGGCAGAGGGUUCUCUGUUUGAGACGAAAGGCCUCAGUCUGGCCGCUGGGGAGGCGCUGGUAAUGAGCACCGAUUAAGCGCAACAAAGUUCUUCAACUUUUGGCAUAUAUAUAUAGGUAUAUAUUUUUAAGCCUAACCAAUUAAAUUUUACAUUCGCACACUUGAAAAACUUUCGACAGCUUUUCGUCUUCUUGGUAUUCUUAUGGCUGCAAAGCAAAUAUGCCGCUACUUGUAUAAAUAAAUAAGCAAAUAAAUCGACAAACAAACCACACA